AUGCGUCACUACAUUGUGUUAUGUUACUUGGUCGGGUUAGGACAAGCGACCCUCGUCGCUGAAGAUUCACCGGGAUACUAUUGUUAUACGGAUGGGCAUUUGCAUACGGAUGAGCCCUGCCGUUUUUUUGCUGCCGUGAUUGAUGCGGGUUCCACUGGCACCAGACUACAUUUAUAUAGAUUUAUCCACAACACCCUUCCGCAUAGCCUCCCAUUUGUGACCGAGGAAGAAAUUUUUAAAGAGGUUAAACCUGGGCUAUCGGGUUUCCACGACGAUCCGACGGGUGCAGCAGCGUCUGUUCGGGAACUUAUUGUAAAAGUGCAUGAGACAAUCCCACCGGCAUUAUGGAUAAGGACCCCGAUUGCUCUAAAGGCAACCGCUGGACUUCGGCUUCUUCCAAAGGGGCAGGCCGAUGCCAUAUUAGAUGAGGUGCGGGCUGAAAUUGACGCUUCCGGGCUAUUCGUCGUUGAAAACGCAGUCGAGAUACUUGAUGGUCGCGAUGAAGGGGUAUUCUCAUGGUUCACCCUCAAUCUUCUACUCAACACUUUAUUCUACAAAGCAAACGGUCUGCCGGCGGAUCCGGAGCCACAGAGGACCGUAGCUGCUUUCGAUUUGGGUGGUGGCAGUACACAGGUGACCUUCUGGCCGUCGGACGAUUCACCAUUCCGAGAAAACGCAGUCUUCCGGAAAAACAUCGCCUUUUUCGAUACAAAUAUGCAACUAUUUUCACACAGUUUCCUUGGUAACGGCUUACUUUCUGCUCGGCUUGGAAUCCUACAGGCUAGUACUCGCAAACAGCCAGGAUUCGAUGAUAAGUUCUUUACCCCAUGCAUGCCGGCAAGCUUUGCAAUUCCUGGCUGGGAAUACGCGUUAAAAGCAUGGAAAGUUAGUGGUACUCCCCAAUAUUCCUAUGCAAAAUGCGCCGAAACCGUCAGGAAUUUUGUCCGACAGAGUGCUAUUGUUGAACUGGAUUAUUUGAAAGGGCGGCCUGUCUACCUCUUCUCGUAUUUCUUUGAUCGCGCACUAAAUUCCGGUAUUGUGAAAGACUCGUCGGGAGGGCGAACCACCGUUGUCGCAUUCGAAAAGGCUGCGAAAGAGGCGUGCCUACGCGAUGCAGCCAUGUUGGAAAAUGGUGCCCACUGGCUACCCUGGCAGUGCAUGGACCUUGUGUAUAUCUACUCGUUGCUCAAGGAUGGCUACGGAUUCUCAGAUACGCAGCCACUUGUGCUUGCAAAAAAGAUGCGAGGGAUGGAAGUUUCGUGGGGACAAGGACUCGCUUACACACUGGCUCACGUUUUCCAUCAAACAGCACUGCCUGAUACAGCAGGUCAUCAAGUAAAUGGCACAGGAUCAGUCAUCGUCGACCAAUUCCUGACCAUCAUCGUUCAACGAACCGAUUAUAUGCUUCGCUAUUUCAAUCUCAUCUCG